GCUUCCGCCUGGCUCGGACCGCAGCAGCCGCCUGUGGCUUCUCUCGUCGGGAAUAGCCCUCCUUCCACCUGGCUGCCCCCGACGACUCCAGACUCCAGAUUCCUCCUCAGACUCUUUGUGGAUGUCCAGACCCCUCUGCUCCCCAUGGGCAGCUGCCAGGCAGGCCACAACCUGCAGCUCUGUUUGGCCCACCACCCACCUCUGGUCUGUGCCACUUUGAUCCUGUUACUUCUUGGCCUCUCUGGCCUGAGUUUUGGUGGCUUCCUCCUGACACACAGGACUGGCCUGCGCAGCCCUGACAUUCCUCAGGACUGGGUCACCUUCUUGAGAUCUUUUGGCCAGCUGACCCUGUGCCCUGUGAAUGGAACAGUCACUGGAAAGUGGCAUGGGCCUCAGGUUGUGGGCUUACUGACCACCUUGAACUUUGGAUAUGGUCCAGACAGUAACAAGACUCAGACAUUCCAAACCAGUGUCCUGGGAAGUCAUUUGGGAUUGAAAGGAUCUCAUGCAGAUGAGCUCGUCCUCAUUACAGCCAGGAUGACCAAUGAAAGGACCCCAGGAACCUGCCUGUAUUUUAGUGCGGCUCCAGGAAUUUUGCCUUCCAUUCAACCACCCAUAUCCUGCUCAGAGGAGGGAGUAGGAAAUGUCACCCUGAGCCCUAGGAAGGCUGAGGAGUGUGUCAGGGUCUGGAGCCAUGAACGCCUUGUGCUUACCAAGCUACUCACUUCGGAGGAGUUGGCAUUAUGUGGCUCCCGGCUGUUGGUAUUCGGUUCCUUCCUACUUCUCUUGGCCUUCUCUGCUGUUUCACUGCUAUGUGCUUCCACCCACGACGAGAGUCCCACUGGUCUCGAACCCGGCUCUGAAAACACUCAUGUAGUUUCUGGCUUCUCAGGUGUGAAUCAACUUCCUGGACCUUAGUUCUGAGUUGAAAGAUACAGUUACAAAAAGUGGAGAGCUGGACUGUGGUGGGAAAUAAAAAGCCUGUUUUGCUCA